AGUGUAUGGUCUCAUUUCAUCUUAUCCGUCUGGUUUUAUCUCAUCUCGUCUGGUUCGGUCAGAUCUUCUCUCUCUCUCUCUCUCUCUCUCUCUCUCUCUCUCUCUCUGUUCAACACCCUCUGACGACUCCACCUCGCACCGCCAGUGUCAGUAUCGACUGGGAUUCGUUGGAGUAGGGGGGUUGGAUGAGAGGGGCUGCAAAACAAUUGUAUGAAGGAGAUGAAGAAGGAUAGAGAUGAAAAGGGGAGUGCAGGAGAGUGAAGAUGAAAAGAGAGAAGGGCUCUCGUUGAUUUUCGGAAAGACUCGUAUGUCGCCGCCUCGAGGUUGCCACAUGGUUCUCGUAUUAGCAGGAGCGGCACUCGGCCGAUAUCGGGCGUAACGGUGUCCUGUCGGUGCUGCCACAUGGUGCGGUGUUUGCGGGUGUCUAGCAAUAAGGGUGGGUCGGGGGAUAGAACUGAAUCGGUUGCUUUCGGACGAGUUCGCAAGUCAUCGCCAGCGUCUCGCGUCGAGGCUUCCACAUGGGUUGGUAUUGGCUCCCGGGGCGCAAGGUGGUUCGUGCGGUGGGGCUCCAACUGCGAAAACGACGCGACGGUUUGGCUCGGCACAACACCCCCAAAACGGGCUGCGUCGCUACCUAAGGAGGGUUAGUCCGUCGGUUGGACCGGUUCGAGAUGUCCUGGGAGUGCCCCGUGAGACUCCCUUUUCUAUAUAAUUACAUGACAGUGACGAUUGGGGACCGUCUAAAGUGAAUCAAAAUUCGCUGAAGAAUAAUAAGUUUUUCCAUUUCUCGUUUGGAGAGAAGUGUGCGAGAAUUGUUUCAACAACCAUGCGGUUAUUUGCUAUUAUUCAUGUGUCAGACGAGAUAAGUUGGAACCUUAAUAAGGAUCUAAAUUGUUAGAGAGUUUUUUGUUCUUGAAACUGUGGUUGUAUUGUGGUGUUGUUGUACCGGUGCUAGACUCCGGUUUGUGUGUCUUCGGCAAGGUGGGCGCUACCGUUUUAAAGGGUAGUAGUCAAUGACCUCGGUCUUACUCUACAUGUGUGGUGUAUAGAACGUAUAGAGCUCUCAAGUGUUUACUAAUUGUGAAUUUACAUUUAAUUUUUCUUCUUCAUUAUUGGUUGAAUGAGAUUGUUUCUGACUAGAAGGAGAUUAAUUCUUUUGUAGAGAAAUUAUUAUGCCUCUUGAGAGAAGUAGAAGAAGAAUGAGGAAGCGAAAAUCUGGAAAGUUGUUGGCGUGGAAUAGCAUAAGAAGCAGGUUGAUUUUGCGGCCGGCAACAGAGAUGCUUAUGGUUGUAUAUUUGGCGAGAUAAGAGUGUGAUUUUAAAGCAGAACUUCGAAUUGGAGACUAGUGGCAGGCCACCCUGGUGGAUUGACAUUGUGUUGAGGAUUAAUAAGGGGUGUUGCCUGGCCAUGCAGUAGUGUGUAGCAGUUUCGACGACAAUUACGACGUGGGGAUGUGCGACGCCAACUGCCAAAGAGGUCGAAGGGGGUUAGCUCUGGGUAAAUCGACUCGGUGCACCAAGUCGUGUUCACCGCAUAAAACGCCCGGGGUCCGGUAGCUCGUUCAUCGUCCUUAUUUCUCAUCGACGCCCGCGGGCAAUGUGCCCACCCGCCGAGAGCGCAACGGGUGGACAAGGCGUACGAUGUUUAAGGAUGCUUGGACGGAUGGCGGUGGGAAAGGUUGGCGGCGAUGUCGAUUUAGAUUGGGCGAAUUAUUGGUGGUGGUUACGGCCAUUUCCAGUUUCGUUGCAAUGUUUCCAAGUGUCGUGGCUAAUGAGGACGCGAAGCGCCUCUACGAUGACCUGUUAUCGAAUUAUAACCGCUGGAUUAGACCUGUUGGCAAUAAUAGUGACCGUCUUACUGUUAAAAUGGGCCUGCGUCUCUCUCAGCUUAUCGAUGUUGACCUGAAAAACCAAAUCAUGACAACGAACGUUUGGGUGGAGCAGGAGUGGAAUGAUUACAAACUUAAGUGGAAUCCGGACGACUAUGGUGGGGUUGAUACACUUCAUGUACCAGCGGAACAUAUAUGGUUGCCGGAUAUUGUUUUAUAUAACAACGCGGACGGAAACUACGAGGUGACCAUAAUGACGAAAGCUAUUUUACAUCAUAAUGGCAAAGUGGUAUGGAAGCCCCCGGCGAUCUACAAGUCAUUUUGUGAGAUCGACGUGGAAUACUUCCCCUUCGAUGAGCAGACUUGCUUUAUGAAAUUUGGCUCGUGGACUUAUGAUGGUUACACGGUCGAUUUAAGGCAUCUUCUGCAAGCUGAAGACACGAAUAACAUCGACGUUGGAAUUGAUCUAACGGAUUAUUACAUUUCUGUCGAAUGGGACAUCUUACGUGUACCUGCUGUACGCAACGAGAAAUUUUACGUAUGCUGCGAAGAACCAUACCCAGAUGUCAUUUUUUACAUCACACUACGCCGUAAAACCCUCUUUUAUACGGUGAAUCUAAUAAUACCAUGUGUGGGCAUAUCGUUUCUCUCAGUGUUGGUGUUUUAUUUGCCAAGUGACAGUGGUGAAAAAGUUUCUCUUUCUAUUUCAAUUCUUCUAUCAUUAACCGUGUUCUUUCUUCUACUCGUGGAAAUUAUACCAUCCACAUCCCUUACUGUUCCAUUAUUAGGUAAAUAUCUUCUUUUUACAAUGGUCUUGGUGACGUUAUCAGUGGUAGUGACCAUAGCAGUGCUCAAUGUUAAUUUUCGCUCGCCAGUGACACACAGAAUGUCAAAGUGGGUGCGUAUUGUUUUCAUACAGAUUAUACCUAAGUUUUUGAUGAUGGAGAGGCCAAAAAGGGAUAAUGGCAAUAAUGAUAGCGAUGAUGAUGUUGAUGACGGUAAACCACCGGAGGUUAUGCUCACCGAUGUUUUUCAUGUAGAAGAGACUGACGAAUACGAUACGUACUGUAGAAAGAGGUUCAUUGAAGAAGUGCCGGGUUUACCACCAUCAGUUGCAAUUGGUACUGUUGGACCAUGUUACGAUGAUCCCCUGCCAGCUUUACCAUUGCCUGGUGCUGAAGAAGAUUUGUUUGGACCAUCAAGUCCUGGUUACGUACACGAGGACGUUAGUCCAACAUUUGAAAAGCCAUUGCUCAGGGAGGUGGAAAAAACUGUCGACGAUGCCAGGUUCAUUGCUCAACACGCCAAAAAUAAGGACAAAUUUGAAAGCGUCGUGGAAGAUUGGAAGUACGUCGCUAUGGUCCUUGACAGAAUCUUUCUGUGGAUCUUCACGUUAGCCUGUAUCAUUGGAACAGCAUUAAUUAUUCUACAGGCACCGUGCCUCUACGAUCAUACAAAGCCGAUUGAUAUAAAGUACAGUAAGAUCGCAAAAAAGAAGAUGCUGUUGAUGAACAUGGGUCCCGAAGAGGACUAGCUGACAAUUUUGCGCUCAAUGCGCACAACUGCGAUCACUACGAUUGGAGGUAUCGGCCUUAUUUAUAGUCGUUGUUUCUUAUACGGACAUACGCUGAACAAGGUGUAAAAAAAAAAUUUUUUCAAGUUCCUUAAAAUACAGCGUGUGAACAACGACAAAUAAAUCGCAAAUUAAAAGCAAUACGCGUCACUUCCACUUUUUUUGUCAAAAAAAAAAAAAAUGUUCUGAAGGAAACAAUUUUUUUCCGGCACUUUUGUGAGAAAUAUCAAUUCUCGUGCCACUUUUCUUUCAAUUGUUGUUGCCUCAAGUGGCCAAAACAAAGUGCGUGGGAUAAUCUGCCAAUAGGGAAGAAAAAAAAAAUAAAACGAACCCCGAUGCCAAAAUUCAAGUCAGGAGAGCCAAAACGCUUAGAAGCGGAGAGACUAAAGUGCCAAAAACCGCGAACCGUAUUUUUGUAAAUCUGGUUUCAUACGUAAGGCUAGAGUCGAGCGGCGAGACGUCGAAAUCCGAACUGCCGAUUUUGUAAUAAAAAAAUAAUAAUAUUAAUAUAACAAUGUUUACGCAAAAAAAAGAAGAGACUCAUUUUCACAUUUACACUCAUCCAAUAUAUAUUUACAAAGCGGUACAUACGAUUUAAUACACACGUAGAUGAGAUUAAUCUGUAUAUCGUGAAGGAAAACGUUAUUCGCUUUAAAAAAAAAACAAAAGAAAAACCAACUGCCAAUCUCAAAAGCGGCCUGUAGCUCAUAACUAGCCGAGCCCAGACGAGAAAAAAAACAUGAGUAAAAAAUUCAUAUAAACAUUGCCAAAAGUGAUAAGUAUUAUUACUAUUAAAGUAGAAUACGGGGAAAUUUUUUUCAAUUUGAAAAAGAUAGGGGAAAUUUUUUUACAACAAUUUACAAAUACAACAAUUUGAGAAAAAAUAAAGAUUACGUAUAAGAGAGUUGGCAUCAAAUUUUUAAACUUCGAGACCGUUGGGCGUCGUUGUUAACGUGCCAAAUUUAUAAGGGACGGUUGAGAUUUAGUCUAUUGUCUGGUUAUUAAUAUCUUAUAAUAAUCCUAACCGGAAAAGAAAUGAGAAAUAAAUGUUCCUUAAGCUCACUUCGAUAUCGUUCUAUACAAGUAAAAUAUUAUCGACUUUUUUCAUGAUUUUAUUAUUACAAUUACCUAUUAUUUCUUUUUAAAUUGUUUUAUUAAACAAUGAAAGUCCUUUUUCCAGUUCUAAUCUGUUAAACUUUAUGUUAAUUUUCAAAAGUAAUUUCAUUUAGACUCGAAUUUUAUACUUAUUCGCAUUUGCAAAUUUCAUUCUUUUACAUGUAAUGACAAAAACUGGAGGACUUAGCGAAAAGUUUAAAACUUAAAAAAAGUAAAGAAAUUUCAUAACCUAUGUACUAUAAAUAACCUGAAGAGUUCUUUCAUUGAAAGACGAAAGCUUGAAAGUUAAAAUUCUUUAAAUAAAGACCAGCAAAAAGAAAUACUUUUCUACAUCAUUUUCACUACAAAUAAUUCUGAUCGACAUGAAAACUACAAUCUUUUAAUACGUACUAUAAACUUUAGUAGUACCUGAUUAUAGAUUUUUAAAUCAACUUUUUAAAAAUAGCGUACUUUUUUAGUAAUUUAUUAUAUUUUCUGAUGAAAUCAUGUAAAUUGUUAAUAAGAAAGAAAGUUUACACCCUGUUCAGAAACGCACAUGUACUAACAAUGUUUAUAGCAUUUAUAGAUUAUGAAAUUUCUUGAUUUCUUAUUUUAGAUCUUUCACUUUUUAAAAAAACGGUCCUACCGUUUUGGUUUUUAAAAAAUUAGGCAACUCAAAUAUUGCAUAUCGCUGCCAGUUUAUAGUAAAAUUUCAAAUAACAUUUUUUACACUGUAACAAGUAUUUAAUAAAAUCGGCACAAAAAAAUAUAUUUCAAUUGCGAAGACUGACAUAUGGUAAGUUCUUUUUCUUAUGAUGUAUCUAAACAGAAACUGUAACUUCACUU